GAACGGGCCACCACAUCGGGUCCUGGGUAAGGUUCGGCAAGGCCUUAGUAGAUGCAGGAACGCCCUUAGGUACUUCCAUAUUCCUCUAAUCUAGAAUAUUGCCUUAUCUAGCUGGGUAUUCUAAAACGUCGCUUAGUACUUCCCUUGCUGCCGCUAAAUCUAUAAGAUCUAGAACCUCUCCCUUUCAUUCUUUUUUCCUCCUUCUUGAAAUCUUUCUGUUAAUCUUGAAUCUCUGUUACGAGUUACGUCAUUUCAACGCAUUUAUUCUGAAUUUGGAAAUUCGUUCGCUCAUGUUAAGAUUUGUCACUUAUGAGUAAAAGGUCACUGCGUGGCUGGGUCAAGAAAUACGUUGGAUCCCGUGUAAUUGAGGAAGGAUAACGUGAAAUUGGAUUGGGUGAAUCCCGUCUCACAGGAUCUGUGACAUCUCACCACAUUACCUACUCCUGACCACAGCGCGCAACCUGGAUCGUAGCAGGUGGUCUGUUUGCAAGCGUUUUGGUAAUAGGCCUAAAUUUCGGAUCUCGGAUCUAUAUCAGAUCUAUAUCAGGGUCGAGGAAGGUGGCCUAGGGGCGUCGUACAUACGGGAACAGUGGAGUUGGAGAGAAAGUCGUCAUGGCCCCUUUGAAUAAUGAGAAGAACCAAUUGUUCCUGGGUUUGUUUAUACAUAGCAUCAAACUCGGAGAACUUCAAUAUCUGCGUGAUGCUGCAGUCUGUGUGGACAAGUCUGGCAAGAUAGUUGCCGUUGAAUCCGAGUACGACCAGAAGAAGGCCGAGGAGAAAUUAUAUCCUACGCUCGGUUGGAGUGCCAGUGAUGUGGCAGUCACGAAAGCAAAAGAUGGCCAAUUCUUCUUUCCUGGCUUCAUUGACACACACAUCCACGCACCACAAUACCCCAACGCAGGUAUAUUCGGAAAGUCAACGCUGUUAGACUGGCUGAAUACAUACACGUUUCCAAUGGAAGCAUCCCUCUCUUCGCUUCCCAAGGCCCGUAGAGUGUACACACGGUGUGUACGGCAGACACUCGCUCACGGCACUACGACAGCAGUUUAUUACGCGACGAUCCACGUGCCGUCCACCAACCUCCUGGCUGACCUAUGCCUCUCGAUGGGCCAGCGUGCCUUCGUCGGUCGUGUAUGCAUGGACCACAUCGGGCCAGAUUACUACCUCGACGAGUCUCCCGCACAGUCGCUUGCUGCAACGCGCGAGACGAUCGACCAUAUUCGAGGUAUCGACGCUUCCUUCGCGCUCGUGUCCCCAAUUCUGACGCCCCGCUUCGCACCUGCCUGCUCCCGGGAGGCGAUGACGGCUCUUGGGAAAUUACAUCGUGAGACGGGUAUCCCGAUCCAAACGCAUAUCUCGGAGAACAAGGACGAGAUUGAACUCGUGCGGGACACGUUCCCUGAGGCUGCUAGCUACGCCGAUGUAUACGACGCCCAUGGAUUACUAGGCGCACACACGAUCCUCGCCCACGCCAUCCACCUUUCCGAUGCAGAAGCGGACUUAGUUGCGAGUCGCGGGUCUAAGGUCUCUCAUUGCCCAACUAGCAACUCUGCUCUAACAAGUGGGGAGGCGCGGGUGCGCUGGCUGCUCGAGAAGGGAAUCGCCGUGGGCCUCGGCACCGAUGUCAGCGGCGGGUACAGUCCCAGCAUGCUCCUAGCCGCACGCCACGCCGCCCUCGUCUCGAACCACCUAGCCAUGCCUCUGGGGAAAUGGGCCGACGUCCCAGCCGCCGAACGCGAGCGCGCAAAGCUUAGCGUUGAGGAAGUCCUACACCUAGCUACGCGGGGCAGCGCUGAAGUCGUCGGAUUAAGCGAUAAAAUUGGCGGGUUUGAAGUAGGCAUGGAAUGGGACGCGCAGCUCAUCGGACUAGGUCUCGUCGACGAGACGCCCGGAGAAGACGAUAUGACGGAUCACGGGAACGUGGAUAUCUUCGGCUGGGAAGGGUGGGAGAACCGUGUCGCGAAGUGGGUGUAUAAUGGCGAUGACAGGAACGUGAAGAAAGUAUGGGUUAGAGGUCGGCUUGUGCAUGAGCGGGCAUAGAUGCAUUGAUUUGUUGACGGUGUAAAUGACUGGAUAAGCGUUGUUGAUAUGCCGGAUUUGAGGUCUGUUUAUGAUGUUAUAGCACAUGGUAGAUAGAUGUAUGUAUAUACCCUUUGCCCCUACCGUCUUUUGCGAAUUGGUUGAUUUAGAUCGGGUUGAUUUAGAUGUAGAGA